AUGGACGGCGCUGUUGGUCAGGGCGGAUCUCUGCCCGGCUUUGGGGUUCUAGCUAUGUUUGCGUAUUCGCGGUCGUAUAUCGUAAGAAAGGAUGAAAAAUUUGAUUUUGACAUACAUUAUAGAACUCACACUGGCGAAAAGCCUUAUGAAUGUGACGUGUGUCAACACAGAUUUAAUAAGAGGAGUAGUUUAAAAAGACACCUUAGAACUCACACUGGUGAAAAACCUUAUGAAUGUGACGUGUGUCAACGCAGAUUUAAUGAGAGGAGUAGUUUAAAAAGACACCUUAUAACUCAUACUGGUGAAAAACCUUAUGAAUGUGACGUGUGUCAACGUCGAUUUAAUGAAAAGAGUAGUUUUUUAAAACACCGUAGAUCUCAUACUGGCGAAAAACCUUAUGAAUGUGACGUGUGUCAAUGUCGAUUUGUUCAGAAGGAUCAUUUAACAAAACACCGUAGAACUCACACUGGCGAAAAACCUUUUGAAUGUAACGUGUGUCAACGCAGAUUUAAUACGAGGAGUAGUUUAAAAAGACACCUUAUAACUCAUACUGGUGAAAAACCUUAUGAAUGUGACGUGUGUCAACGCAGAUUUAAUGAUAGGAGUAGUUUAAAAAGACACGUUAGAACUCAUACUGGUGAAAAACCUUAUGAAUGUGACGUGUGCCAAUGUCGAUUUAAUAUGAAGAGCACUUUAUUAUCACAUCAUUUAACUCAUACUGGAUAA